AUGAAAACUCAUUUGUUAAUUGAAAACCAAAAGUCUUGUACAGAAGUGAUUGCGAAACAUAGGAUUCACGGAUCAUGUCCAUUGGACUCUUUUUUUGAGGAUGAUGACGAAGAGUUUGAGCUGUGGAUUCGUAAGGGUCUUCUAAAACAUCCUAAUAUGAAGCGAGAUGGUGUUAUUUUUUAUGACAAGAAGCAUGGAACUAUAGAUCCAGGGUUUGAUUUUAAUGUGGCUCAAAUUAGUGAUAAGGCAUGGUUUUAUACACUCUUCGAGCCGGGAUACAGUCAUAUUGAAGUUAUUUUCUACUACUUGAGGAAGAUCGGGUUGUAUUCAAAUUUGAAAGUAGCUAUGAGAUACACAACCACCGAUCCAUUUUUUGAUGAAACGAUCAAGUCGUUGUAUUUGAGGUAUAUUGAGCAUGCUUCUGAAAGUGUUAUUGAUGUGUCUAGCCUCAUUUCUGAUUAUAUAAUGGGUUACAAACAAAUAUGCGGCAAACCAUGGUUUGAAGUUGAUCACGUUCUAUUCCCGAUAUACAUUGAGCUAGACAAAGUAGGCCGUUGGAUCCUUGGCAGACUUUCAUUUGUUGAUAGAUUAUUUUAUGUUUAUAACUCACGUUGGUCGGUAAAUGAUGAUUCCGAAGUUGCAAAAUCUGUGAAGUGCUACUCAGAUAUCCUACCAGUUUCCUUGGACCUUGUUGGAUUUUAUAAGAAACGAUAUGAUAUCAAACAGAAGAAUUGGCGAUAUGUGACAAAGAAAAUUACCGAGCCUUUCGAUAUUGUUAUUGUUAAGGGGUUGCCAGGAGAAAGACUCAGGUAG